GUUCUUACACUAGUUUGGGAGUUAUUAUAUCAAUGUGAAUCAAGCUUUGACAUAACCAUCAACUCUUGUUGCAGAAGGGUUAGCUUGUGUUCCAGAACCCAAACAGAUGCCAAAAGCUUCUUUAGAAAAAAAGCUUCUAUCAGGAUGGUCAAAAAACAUAAGCAUAUUCUCUGUCCUAGUUCUGCGGUACCUCAUUUGAAGAUUCCUUAUAUUUAGAUAAUGUCCCAAGACUUUUAUAGGAUUAAACAACAUUUGCAUCCUAUUGGCCACAGGAGAGGACCAAGCAACUACUACGGGUUACUAUCUAUUGCAGAAAAGAGUGCACCAUAAGGAAGUCUUUUAGAGAACUUUGAAUUCACUGGUUAUUAUAAGAAAAUCCCUUUUGUAAUUAGCACUUUAGUGAUUGUUAGGUUGGAACAUAAUGGACUUUCCUUUCCGACAACGGCAACAUAGGAGUUUCUGCUUCCAUUGUUCUUGGUAGUUGAGUUGGAUACUGUAAUUGCAAUCCUAAGUUCUUUUAGUAAGGAUAGGAAUAUGACACUACAAUAGUUGAUAAGCUGAUAGUAGCUCUUUAUUAGCUACCAUUCUUCUAUAAGUAGUAGCACUUGCCCAUGAAACUCCCUUUGCCACAUCGAAAGCCCGUCUUUUUCAUUAAAAAAGAGCUCUUUGUAUAGGUUGGGUUUGAUGGGUUUUGAUGCUGACUUUAUUUAUUAUUAUGAAAAGGAGAAGGCCCAGAUAAUGUUAGGAAUGGUUACCCCACAAAUGUUGCAGAUGCAAAAUAUUCGACAGGCUUCUGCUCCACUUCUGAAGCGUUCGUUGCAAGAUAGUGAACGGGGUCAGUGGCCAGCAGUCCAAAAUCUUCCACGGCUUCCCUCUCUUUUACAGAGCAAGAUGCAGUUUGGUGUGAUGCCUCAAUCACAAGAAGGUCAAGUAAAUCAGUAUCUCUCACAACUUCCUACAUGGUCUCAUAUUCAGCUUCCACAGCUUGCACAGCACCAAGUUUUACAGCAAGGCUCAUUGCCUGGGCAGUCUGUAGUUUCAACCAUUCCAUCAACUCGUACACAGCAGUUGGGCAAUCUCUCUGUUAGGUCCCAAAUUCAAGUGGCAAAUUCCACUUCUUUGAAGCAGGAAGUGGAACCUCUGUUACAUUGCCCUUUGGGGCAUAAUGCUCAGCUGACUAGCUCCUCAAUGUUAUCUGCCAUUACACAGGACUCUAAUAGACCUCCUCAAGUUAUUAAUGAUUCAACUUUGAGCCAUAGAGUUGAUACGUAUCCCAGCUUGUCUUCAGACAUAACGGAGAAAGCAGACAUGGUCCAUGACAGUUCAGAUCAAAUGAAGCGCCCUUCAAAACUGGUGAAAUUAGAGGAUGGAAGGAGGAACACUUUCUUGGGGCCAGAUGUAAACGUUUCUACUGUAUCUGGUCCAUCGCAGGUUUUUGGCUUUUCUGGAAACCAAAAUCCAAAACCACAAGAAGCUUUAGGUUCUGAGAAACAAGCUCCUGAGGUAAUUUGUUCUUGCUGGGGACAUCAAAAAUCUGCAUCCAUCUAUUUUGGAUUUGUGUGCUUAUCAUCAAUGCAUUCCUUUUUUUAG